AUGAAGAAAGUGUAUAGGAAGCUGAUUUGGAUCAGACACUCAGGGUUUAGGGUAUUCAGAGAUAGAAAAUGGAUGUUCCCAUUCUUGGCGAGCUUGGUUUUGUCGGUGACUCUCUUCAUGUCUCUCAUCUAUGUCCAAUUCGAUACUUCUUAUGUUGAAGAUCAAGAACAACCAUUGCCGUUUGAUAACAUCUCAGAAGAAUCAAGUGAAUACUUUGUAGAAUCAGAUUUAAACUCAACGGCGAAUUCGAAUUCAAAUUCUUCAGAGGUUCCUAGAUUAGCUUAUCUGAUCUCAGGAACGAAAGGUGAUAGUCAUAGGAUGAUGAGGACAUUGCAAGCUGUGUAUCAUCCAAGAAACCAGUAUGUUCUCCAUUUAGAUCUCGAAGCUCCUCCCAAGGAAAGGCUUGAGCUUGCAAUGUCUGUCAAGAGUGAUCCUACUUUCCGUGAAGUAGAGAACGUUCGUGUCAUGUCUCAGUCUAAUCUUGUUACCUACAAAGGCCCUACAAUGAUUGCUUGCACGCUUCAGGCUGUGGCGAUUUUGCUUAGAGAGAGCUUGGAUUGGGAUUGGUUCAUCAACCUUAGUGCCUCUGAUUAUCCUCUCGUCACACAAGAUGAUUUGUUGUAUGUCUUCUCGAAUUUGUCUCGGAAUGUCAAUUUCAUUGAGCAUAUGAAGCUCACUGGGUGGAAACUGAACCAGAGAGCCAAAUCAAUCAUUGUUGAUCCUGGUUUAUACCUAUCCAAGAAAACCGAAAUUGCUUGGACUACUCAACACAGAUCAAUUCCCACUUCUUUCAAGCUGUUCACAGGCUCGGCGUGGGUGGUUCUGACUCGGUCUUUCCUUGAGUACUCAAUCUUGGGAUGGGAUAAUUUCCCAAGGACGAUCUUAAUGUACUAUGCAAACUUUGUGUCUUCUCCAGAAGGAUAUUUCCACACAGUCAUAUGCAACAAUGAAGAGUUUAAGAGCACUGCGAUAGGGCAUGACCUGCACUACAUUUCUUGGGACUAUCCUCCGAAGCAGCACCCGAACUCUCUGACGAUGAAGGAUUUCGACAAGAUGGUCAAAAGCAACGCUCCCUUUGCUAGAAAGUUCCACAAGAACGAUCCUGUGUUGGACAAGAUUGAUAAAGAGCUCUUGGGACGCACUCACCGGUUCUCUUUAGGGGCUUGGUGCGUUGGGAGUUUGGAAAACGGUGAUGAUCCUUGCUCUGUUCGGGGAGAUGACUCGGUUUUGAAACCAGGCCUUGGUGCUGAGAGGUUAAAGGAGCUUGUUCAGACACUUUUAUCUGAUGAAUUCAGAAGUAAACAAUGUUCUUGA